GGCAGGGGCCACAACUACACCCAGCCAACCAAGGCAGGCAGGCAGGGUCCACAGUUCCAGCCAGCCAGCCAAAACAGGCAGGCAGGAGGCAGGACUCCAGGCAGCCAGCCAAGGCAGGUAGGUAAGAAACAUGUCUACAGCCAUCCAGCCAAGGCAGGCAGGCAGGCAGGGGCCAGGACUCCAGCCAGCCAGCCAAGGCAGGCAGGCAUGGACCAUGACCACAGCCAGCCAGCCAAGGCAGGCAAGCAAGGACCACGACUACAGGCAGCCAGACAAGGCAGGCAGGCAGUGGCCAGGACUCCAGCCAGCCAGCCAAGGCAAGGACGGCCACGGUUCCAGCAAGCCAGCCAAGGCAGGCAGGCAGGGGCCACAACCACAGCCAGCCAGCCAAGACAGGCAGGCAGGGUCCACAGUUAGAGCCAGCCAUCCAAGGCAGGCAGGUAGGCAGGAGCCAGGACUCGAGCCAUCCAGCCAAGGCAGGCAGGCAGGGGCUAGGACUGCAGCCAUCCAGCCUAGGCAAGGAUGCAGGAGCCAUGACUCCAGCCAGCUAGCCAAGGCAGGCAGGCAGGGUCCAAGGUUCCAGCCAGCCAGCCAAGGCAGACAGGAAGGCGAGGUCCAUUGUUCCAGCAAGCCAGCCAAGGGAGGCAGGCAGGAGCCAGGACACCAUCCAGUCAGCAAAAGCAGGCAGGCAGAGGCCAUGACUCCAGUCAGCCAGCCAAGGCAGGCAAGCAGGGGCCAGGACUCCAGCCAGCCAGCCAAGGCAGGCAGGCAGGAGCCAGGACUCCAGCCAGCCAGCCAAGGCAGGCAGGCAGGAGCCAGGACUCCAGUCAGCCAGCCAAGGCAGGCAGGCAGGAGCCAGGACUCCAGCCAGCCAGCCAAGGCAGGCAGGCAGGAGCCAGGACUCCAGUCAGCCAGCCAAGGCAGGCAAACAGGGGCCACGGUUCCAGCAAGCCAGCCAAGGCAGGCAGGCAGUGGCCAGGACUCCAGCCAGCAAGCCAAUGCAGGCAGGCAGGCAGGAGCCAGGACUCCAGCUAGCCAGCCAUGGCAGGCAGGCAGGCAGGGGCCAGGACUCCAGCCAGCCAGCCAAGGCAGGCAAGCUAGGACCACGACUACAGGCAGCCAGACAAGGCAGGCAGGCAGUGGCCAGGACUCCAGCCAGCCAGACAUGGCAGGCAAGGAGGGCCACGGUUCCAGCAAGCCAGCCAAGGCAGGCAGGCAGGGGCCACAAGCACAGCCAGCCAGCCAAAAGAGGCAGGCAGGGUCCACAGUUCCAGCCAGCCAACCAAGGCAGGCAGGCAGGAGCCAGGACUCCAGCCAUCCAGCCAAGGCAGGCAGGCAGGGGCCUGGACUGCAGCCUUCCAGCCAAGGCAGUCAUGCAGGAGCCAUGACUCUAGCCAGCUAGCCAAGGCAGGCAGGCAGGGUCCACGGUUCCAGCCAGCCAGCCAAGGCAGGCAGGCAGGCAGGGGCUAGGACUCUAGCGAGCCAGGCAAUGCAGGCAGGCAGGAGCCAGGACUGCAACCAUCCAGCCAAGGAAGGUAUGCAGAAGCCAUGACUCCAGCUAGCUAGCCAAGGUAGGCAGGCAGGGGCCACGGUUCCAGACUGCCAGCAUGCCAAGGCAGGCAGGCAGGGGCCAGGACUCCAGCCAGCCAGCCAAGGCAGACAGGCAGGCAAGGUCCAUUGUUCCAGCAAGCCAGCCAAGGGAGGCAGGCAGCAACCAGCACUCCAUCCAGUCAGCAAAAGCAGGCAGGCAGAGGCCAUGACUCCAUACAGCCAGCCAAGACAGGCAGGCUGGAGCCAGGACUCCAGUCAGCCAGCCAAGGCAGGAAGGCAGGAGCCAGGACUCCACUCAGCUAGCCAAGGCAGGCAGGCAGGAGCCAGGACUCCAGUCAGCAAGCCAAUGUAGGCAGGCAGGAGCCAGGACUCCAGCCAGCCAGCCAAGGCAGGCAGGCAGGAGCCAAGACUCUAGCCACCUAGACAAGGCAGGCAAGCAAGGACCACGACUACAGGCUGCGAGGCAAGGCAGGCAGGCAGUGGCCAGGACUCCCGCCAGCCAGACAUGGCAGGCAAGGAGGGCCACGGUUCCAGCAAGCCAGCCAAGGCAGGCAGGCAGGGGCCACAAGCACAGCCAGCCAGCCAAAAGAGGCAGGCAGGGUCCACAGUUCCAGCUAGCCAGCCAAGGCAGGCAGGCAGGAGCCAGGACUCCAUUCAGCCAGCCAAGGCAGGCCGGCAGGAGUCAGGACUCCAGUCAGCAAGCCAAUGCAGGCAGGCAGGAGCCAGGACUCCAGCCAGCUAGGCAAGGCAGGCAGGCAGGAGUCAGGACUGCAGUCAGCCAGCCAAGGCAGGCAGGCAGGAGCCAGGACUCCAUCCAGCCAGCCAAGACAGGCAAGCAGGAACCAGGACUACAGCCAGCCAGGUAAGACAGGCAGGCAGGGGCCAUGACUACAGCCAGCCAGCCAAGGCAGGCAGGCAGGGGCCACAACUACACCCAGCCAACCAAGGCAGGCAGGCAGGGUCCACAGUUCCAGCCAGGCAGCCAAAACAGGCAGGCAGGAGGUAGGACUCCAGGCAGCCAGCCAAGGCAGGUAGGUAAGAAACAUGUCUACAGCCAUCCAGCCAAGGCAGGCAGGCAGGCAGGGGCCAGGACUCCAGCCAGCCAGCCAAGGCAGGCAGGCAUGGACCAUGACCACAGCCAGCCAGCCAAGGCAGGCAAGCAAGGACCACGACUACAGGCAGCCAGACAAGGCAGGCAGGCAGUGGCCAGGACUCCAGCCAGCCAGCCAAGGCAAGGACGGCCACGGUUCCAGCAAGCCAGCCAAGGCAGGCAGGCAGGGGCCACAACCACAGCCAGCCAGCCAAGACAGGCAGGCAGGGUCCACAGUUCCAGCCAGCCAUCCAAGGCAGGCAGGUAGGCAGGAGCCAGGACUCGAGCCAUCCAGCCAAGGCAGGCAGGCAGGGGCUUGGACUGCAGCCAUCCAGCCUAGGCAAGGAUGCAGGAGCCAUGACUCCAGCCAGCUAGCCAAGGCAGGCAGGCAGGUUCCAAGGUUCCAGCCAGCCAGCCAAGUCAGACAGGAAGGCAAGGUCCAAGUUCCAGCAAGCCAGCCAAGGGAGGAAGGCAGGAGCCAGGACACCAUCCAGUCAGCAAAAGCAGGCAGGCAGAGGCCAUGACUCCAUACAGCCAGCCAAGACAGGCCGGCAGGAGCCAGGACUCCAGUCAGCCAGCCAAGGCAGGCAGGCAGGAGCCAGGACUCCAGUCAGCCAGCCAAGGCAGGCAAACAGGGGCCACGGUUCCAGCAAGCCAGCCAAGGCAGGCAGGCAGUGGCCAGGACUCCAGCCAGCAAGCCAAUGCAGGCAGGCAGGCAGGAGCCAGGACUCCAGCCAGCCAGCCAUGACAGGCAGGCAGGCAGGGGCCAGGACUCCAGCCAGCCAGCCAAGGCAGGCAAGCUAGGACCACGACUACAGGCAGCCAGACAAGGCAGGCAGGCAGUGGCCAGGACUCCAGCCAGCCAGACAUGGCAGGCAAGGAGGGCCACGGUUCCAGCCAGCCAGCCAAGGCAGGCAGGCAGGGGCCACAAGCACAGCCAGCCAGACAAAAGAGGCAGGCAGGGUCCACAGUUCCAGCUAGCCAGCCAAGGCAGGCAGGCAGGAGCCAGGACUAGAUUCAGCCAGCCAAGGCAGGCCGGCAGGAGUCAGGACUCCAGUCAGCAAGCCAAUGCAGGCAGGCAGGAGCCAGGACUCCAGCCAGCUAGCCAAGGCAGGCAGGCAGGAGCCAGGACUCCAGCCAGCCAGCCAAGGCUGGCAAGCAAGGACCACGACUACAGGCUGCCAGUCAAGGCAGGCAGGCAGUGGCCAGGACUCCAGCCAGCCAGACAUGGCAGGCAAGGAGGGCCACGGUUCCAGCAAGCCAGCCAAGGCAGGCAGGCAGGGGCCACAAGCACAGCCAGCGAGCCAAAAGAGGCAGGCAGGGUCCACAGUUCCAGCCAGCCAGCCAAGACAGGCAGGCAGGAGCCAGGACUCCAGCCAUCCAGCCAGGGCAGGCAGGCAGGGGCCUGGACUGCAGCCAUCCAGCCAAGUCAGGCAGGUAGGCAGGAGCCAGGACUCCAGUCAGCCAGCCAAGGCAGGCAGGCAGGCAGGGGCCACAACCACAGCCAGCCAUCCAGUCAAGGCAGGCAGGUAGGCAGCAGCCAGGACUCUAGCCACCAAGCCAAGGCAGGCAGGCAGGAGCCAGGACUCCAGCCAGCUAGCCAAGGCAGGCAGGCAGGAGCCAGGACUCCAGUCAGCCAGCCAUAGCAGGCAGGCCAGGACCAUGACUCCACUCAGCCAGCCCAGGCAGGCAGGCAGGAGCCAGGACUCCAGCCAGCUAGCCAAGGCAGGCAGGCAGGAGCCAGGACUCCAGUCAGCCAGCCAUAGCAGGCAGGCCAGGACCAUGACUCCACUCAGCCAGCCAAGGCAGGCAGGCCAGGAGUCAGGACUCCACUCAGCCAGCCAAAGCAGGCGGGCAGGAGCCAGGACUACAGCCAGCCAGCCAAGGCAGGCAGGCAAGGACCACGACUACAGUCUGCCACACAAGGCAGGCAGGCAGGAGCCAGGACUCCCGUCAGCAAGCCAAUGCAGGCAGGCAGCGGCCAGGACUCCAGCCAGCCAGCCAAGGCAGGCAGGCAGCGGCCAGGACUCCAGCCAGCCAGCCAAGGCAGGCAGGCCAGGAGUCAGGACUCCACUCAGCCAGCCAAAGCAGGCAGGUAGGAGCCAGGACUACAGCCAGCAAGAUAUGGCAGGCAAGCAAGUACCACGACUACAGGCUGCCAGUCAAGCCAGGCAGGCAGUGGCCAGGACUCCAGCCAGCAAGAUAUGGCAGGCAAGGAGGGCCACGGUUCCAGACUGCCAGCCAGACAAGGCAGGCAGGCAAGGGCCACAACCACAGCCAGCCAGCCAAAAGAGACAGGCAGGGUCCACAGUUCCAGCUAGCCAGCCAAGGCAGGCAGGCAGGGGCCACAACCACAGCCAGCCAUCCAGUCAAGGCAGGCAGGCAGGCAGGAGCCAGGACUCCAGCCAGCCAGCCAUGGCAGGUUGGCAGGAGCCAGGACUCCAGUCAGCCUGCCAUAGCAGGCAGGCCAGGACCAUGACUCCACUCAGCCAGCCCAGGCAGGCAGGCAGGAGCCAGGACUCCAGUCAGCCAGCCAAGGCAGGCAGGCAGCGGCCAGGACUCCAGCCAGCCAGCCAAGGCAGGCAGGCCAGGAGUCAGGACUCCACUCAGCCAGCCAAUGCAGGCAGGCAGGAACCAGGACUACAGCCAGCCAGCCAAGGCAGGCAAGCAAGGACCACGAAUACAGGCUGCCACACAAGGCAGGCAGGCAGGAGCCAGGACUCCAGUCAGGUAGCCAAGGCAGGCAGGCAGAGUCCACAGUUCCAGCCAGCCAGCCAAGUCAGGUAGGCAGGAGCCAGGACUGCAGCCAUCCAGCCAAGGCAGGCAGGUAGGCAGGAGCCAGGACUCCAGUCAGCCAGCCAAGGCAGGCAGGCAGGAGCCAGGACUCCAGUCAGCCAGCCAUAGCAGGCAGGCCAGGACCAUGACUCCACUCAGCCAGCCCAGGCAGGCAGGCAGGAGCCAGGACUCCAGUCAGCCAGCCAUAGCAGGCAGGCCAGGACCAUGACUCCACUCAGCCAGCCCAGGCAGGCAGGCAGGAGCCAGGACUCCAGUCAGCCAGCCAAGGCAGGCAGGCCAGGAGUCAGGACUCCACUCAGCCAGCCAAAGCAGGCAGGCAGGAGCCAGGACUACAGCCAGCCAGCCAAGGCAGGCAGGCAAGGACCACGACUACAGGCUGCCACACAAGGCAGGCAGGCAGGAGCCAGGACUCCCGUCAGCAAGCCAAGGCAGGCAGGCAGGAGCCAGGACUCCAGUCAGCCAGCCAUGGCAGGCAGGCAGCAGCCAGGACUCCAGUCAGCCAGCCAUGGCAGGCAGGCAGGAGCCAGGACUCCAGUCAGCAAGCCAUGGCAG